AUGGACUUCGACAUUCCCAGGACACCAAGUAGACACAAGGAAGAGAGCUUUGAGGCAACUUCGAAGAUUCCUUCGCCUAAUGGUCCUGAUUCACCGAAAUUUAAGAAAAGAACGGCCUCACCAACACCUGUUUUGACCAUAUCCGAACAACGUAGUAGCAUAGCCAACAUGAAACAACACGCCGCCAAUGGGGAUUCCUCAUCGCAUAUGACUGCGUUCUAUAAAGAAAACAUUCGGGAACUGAAUGAACUACAAGAGAUGAUGUUCAGAAAAAAGGCAAAGUUGGACGAAGUUAAAGAUGAGCUUAUGGACUAUAGAGACCAAUUUCGAGCUCUGGAACUGAAGGUUGAGACGUUGAGAGAAGAGAAGCAUACCAAAUCACAACAACUAAAGUUAAAAGAAAAUGAGUUGAAGAAGCUGAAGGAUGAACAACAUACUAGAGAUAAGUUUCUAUGCCAUGGUCAUGAACUUGAACUACAACAGUUGCGGGCUAAAAACACGGCAGAAGUCAAUGCUCUCGAUGGUGAGUUCAGGAGAAAAAUUGAAGAUUUGAAGUACGAAAAGAUCAAGAAAUUAGAAGUAGAUCGUGAUUCUCUUGUGAUGGAGCUCAGAGCGGCCGAUAAGAAGAUUUCCUGUAACCAUGAGACCUUGCAGAGCUUAAUGGAGGAUUGUCUCUUGAAGAAUAAUGCAGAUAAGGAGAAUUGGCUGCGAUCACAUCAACUUGGCUGGAAAAAGACUAUUGAAGAGAACGAAACAUUAACUCAGGAGUCGGAAGUACUCCAGAGAACAAUAAACGAGCAACUGCAAACCGCGUUAAAUCGACAAAAGACGAGGCUUGAAGAGCUACAUUCUGAAUUGGAAUCGAUGAAACAUAAGCUAGAUGACUGCCAAAGCGAUAAUAGACAGCUCGAAACGGAAAUUGAAAAAACGAAAGCUUUAACGGCAGAAAGCAUGAAUAAAAAGAUUGAACUAGAGGAUUAUAUAGCAUCAUCGUCGGUUGAACUAACACAAAUCAAUGAGAUCCUAAUUAAAGAGGAAACGAUGAGACGGAAAUUGCAUAACGAACUGCAGGAAAUAAGGGGCAAUAUACGGGUAUUUUGUCGCGUCAGGCCACCGCUUCCUAGAGAGGGGGGGGAUUUAUCAAAUAUUUCGAUUUAUGGCUUCGAUGAUGAUCAAGGUACACAAACGCUGGAUAUAAUUCGCGACUCAAAGGCCCAUACUUUUACUUUCGACCGAAUUUUUGACAGACAGGACACCAAUUCUGACGUUUUUGAUGAAAUUGGUCAACUAGUGCAAAGUUCGUUGGAUGGAUAUAACGUCUGCAUUUUUGCAUAUGGACAAACGGGUUCCGGAAAAACUUUCACCAUGCUUCAUCCUGAAGAUGGUAUCAUACCCUCUACGUUAAGUCAUAUAUUUAUGUGGAUUGAAAAGUUGAAGGAGCUCGGUUGGAAUUAUGAAGUGACAAGUCAGUUUGUUGAAAUUUACAAUGAAACUAUUAAUGAUCUCCUCAAGGAUUUAGACGACGAUACAGAAGAGUUGGGUGAAUAUCAGAAGCAUGAAAUAAGACAUGACAGCGAAACUCAAACUACGCGAAUUACAAAUGUGACUGUUUGUGAAUUGACUAAUCGGGAGAUGGUGUCUGAUAUACUGAAACGGGCCUCAAAAAUGAGAUCGACUGCACCUACAGCUGCUAACGAACGGUCUUCAAGAUCACAUAGUAUUUUUAUUAUCCAGCUCUAUGGUUGUAAUGAAUUUACUGGAGAAAAAUCUUAUGGAACACUAAACUUAGUGGACCUAGCUGGCUCCGAGAGAAUCAAUUCCCUACAAUCAACAGGUACGAGGCUACGAGAGACUCAAAGCAUCAAUAAAUCCCUGAGUUGCCUUGGCGAUGUCAUUCAUGCUUUGAGCGCUCCAGAUGCAAAUAAACGUCAUAUUCCAUUUCGUAAUUCUAAACUCACAUACUUGCUACAAUAUUCAUUGAUGGGCCAAUCCAAAACACUCAUGUUCGUCAAUGUUUCUCCUUGUUCGCAUAGUAUUAACGAAACUUUAAACUCACUAAGGUUUGCAUCAAAAGUAAAUUCAACGAAGAUGGCAAAAAGAACAUAA